AUGGUGCAAGCGACUCCCUUCCUCCUGGUGCUCAGCCUGGCCCUGGUGGCUCCCAGCCUCUCUUCAAGAAAGUGCGUGCUGACUGGGAAAUGGAUCAACGACCUGGGCUCCAACAUGACCAUAGGGGCUCUGAAUGGAAAAGGAGACUUCUUUGGCACCUACCACACAGCUGUGACGGCCACCACGAAUGAGAUCCGGGUAUCAGCACUGCAGGGGUCCCAGCACCUCACCAACCAGAAGAGACAGCCCACCUUUGGCUUCACCGUCAACUGGAGCUUUUCAG